AUGUCCACCAAUGAGAAUGCUAAUUCGCCAGCUGCCCACCUUAGCAGAUUCAAGAACAAGGGGAAAGACAGUACAGAAAUGAGGCGGCGCCGAAUAGAAGUUAAUGUGGAGCUGAGGAAAGCUAAGAAGGAUGACCAGAUGCUGAAAAGAAGAAAUGUGAAAACUCACAUCAGUGAACAAGCCGUAUGGGCUCUAGGAAAUAUUGCAGGUGAUGGUUCAGCUUUCCGAGACUUGGUUAUCAAGUAUGGUGCAGUUGACCCACUGUUGGCUCUUCUAGCAGUUCCUGAUAUGUCAUCUUUAGCAUGUGGUUACUUACGUAAUCUGACCUGGACACUUUCAAACCUUUGUCGCAACAAGAAUCCUGUACCCCCAUUAGAUGCUGUUGAGCAGAUUCUUCCUACUUUAGUUCGUCUCCUGCAUCAUGAUGAUCCAGAAGUAUUAGCAGAUAGCUGCUGGGCCAUUUCCUACCUUACUGAUGGUCCAAAUGAACGGAUUGAAAUGGUUGUGAAAACAGGAGUUGUGCCCCAACUUGUGAAGCUCCUAGGAGCUACUGAAUUGCCAAUUGUGACUCCUGCCCUAAGAGCCAUAGGAAAUAUUGUCACUGGGACAGACGAACAGACGCAAGUUGUAAUAGAUGCAGGAGCACUUGCCAUCUUUCCCAGCCUACUAAUGAACUCCAAAACUAAUAUUCAGAAGGAAGCUACGUGGACAAUGUCAAACAUCACAGCUGGCCGCCAGGACCAGAUACAGCAAGUUGUGAAUCAUGGAUUAGUCCCAUUCCUCAUUGUUGUUCUUGCUAAGGCGGACUUUCAGACACAAAAGGAGGCUGUAUGGGCUGUGAGCAACUAAACAAGUGGUGGAACAGUUGAACAAAUUGUAUACCUCGUUCAUUGUGGCGUAAUAGAACCACUGAUGAACCUCUUAACUGCAAAAGAUGCCAAAAUUAUUCUGUUUAUUCUGGAUGCCAUUUCAAAUAUAUUCCAGGCUGCUGAGAAACUAGGUGAAACUGAGAAACUAAGUAUAAUGAUUGAAGAAUGUGGAGGUUUGGACAAAAUUGAAGCUCUACAAUACCAUGAAAAUGAGUCUGUGUACAAAGCGUCACUAAACUUGAUUGAGAAAUAUUUUUCUGUAGAGGAAGAGGAAGAUCAAAAUGUUGUGCCAGAAACUACCUCUGAAGGUUAUACAUUCCAAGUUCAGGAUGGCACUCCUGUGACCAUUAACUUUUAG